ACAAAUUUUCUCCACCCAAAUCAAAUCAAAUCUUUUACCGGAGAAGAGAAAAUACCCUAAAAUCCGGAGCAUCGGUGCCACAUGACGACGUCGUUCGGCGCCGCCAACGCGGCCAUCGCCAAGGACCCCAAACUCCAGAUUGGAAGGAGCUUCAACGGCUUGAAGAGUGCUUCCAAUUCUCUUUUGCUCGCCAAACGCCCCCAGCUUUUCAUUCCCUCCGCCGCCGCCACCGCCUCUUUCAUCAGAGCUGUCUCUACGCCUGUGAAACCAGAUACCUCUGUUGAGCCAAAACGGAGUAAAGUCGAGAUCUUCAAGGAGCACAGUGACUUCAUAAGAUAUCCUCUGAAUGAAGAGAUGUUAACCGAUGCCCCUAAUAUUAACGAGGCUGCUACACAGUUGAUCAAGUUCCAUGGUAGCUAUCAACAGUAUAACAGAGAUGAACGUGGUACAAAAUCUUACUCCUUUAUGCUUCGUACGAAGAACCCUUGUGGAAAGGUUUCAAACAAACUCUAUCUGGUCAUGGAUGAUCUGGCCGAUCAGUUCGGUAUUGGAACCCUUCGUUUGACAACUAGGCAAACAUUUCAACUUCAUGGUGUUUUGAAGAAGGAUCUCAAGACUGUCAUGAGUUCCAUCAUUAAAUGUAUGGGUUCUACACUUGGUGCAUGUGGUGAUCUCAACAGAAACGUUCUCGCUCCAGCAGCCCCGUAUAACCGAAAAGAUUAUUUAUUUGCACAGAAAACUGCAGAAAAUAUCGCCUCGCUCUUAACCCCUCAGUCGGGUUUUUACUAUGAUAUUUGGGUGGACGGAGAAAGAUUUUUGACUGCAGAACCUCCUGAAGUUGUGGAAGCUCGCAAUGAUAAUUCCCAUGGUACAAACUUUGUCGACUCGCCUGAGCCUAUCUAUGGAACUCAGUUCUUGCCAAGGAAGUUCAAAAUUGCAGUAACUGUGCCGACAGACAACUCGGUGGAUCUCUUCACAAAUGACAUUGGUGUUGUUGUUGUCUCGGAUGCUGAUGGGGAACCGCAAGGCUUUAACUUAUACGUUGGUGGUGGGAUGGGAAGAACACAUAGGUUAGACAGCACAUUCCCUCAGAUGGCAGAACCGUUGGGUUAUGUGCCAAAAGAGGACAUAUUAUACGCAGUGAAGGCUAUUGUUGUCACACAGAGAGAAAAUGGGAGAAGGGAUGACCGCAAGUACAGUAGAAUGAAAUACUUACUCAGCUCGUGGGGAAUUGAAAAGUUCAGAACUGUUGUCGAGCAGUACUAUGGAAAGAAGAUCGAGCCUUGCCACGAUUUACCCGAGUGGGAAUUUAAAAGCUACUUGGGAUGGCACGAGCAGGGAGACGGUGCAUUGUUUUGCGGUCUUCACGUUGAUAGUGGCCGAAUCAAAGGGGCAAUGAAGACGACUCUAAGGGAGAUAAUCGAGAAGUACAAUUUGAACGUACGCAUAACACCAAACCAGAAUAUUGUGUUGUGUGAUAUCCGCCAAGCAUGGAAGCGUCCCAUUACUACAGUUCUUGCUCAGGGUGGUCUGCUGCAACCAAGGUAUGUAGAUCCUUUAAAUUUGACAGCGAUGGCUUGCCCAGCAUUUCCACUCUGCCCCUUGGCAAUUACAGAAGCAGAACGUGGAAUACCUGACAUUCUUAAGCGUGUUCGAGCUGUAUUUGAGAAAGUUGGCCUCAAGUACAACGAAUCUGUGGUGGUAAGAAUAACCGGCUGUCCAAAUGGGUGUGCUAGGCCUUAUAUGGCUGAACUUGGUUUGGUUGGUGAUGGUCCAAAUAGUUAUCAGGUGUGGCUUGGUGGAACACCCAACCAAACAUCACUUGCAAAAACCUUCAAGGAAAAGGUUAAGAUCCAAAAUCUCGAGAAUGUUCUGGAACCUUUGUUUUAUCACUGGAAGCGCAAACGUCUCUCUAAAGAAUCAUUUGGAGACUUCACAAACCGCAUGGGUAAUGAGAAACUACUGGAGCUGGUGGACAAAUGGGAAGGAAUACCGUUAUCUCCACCGCGCUAUAACCUGAAACUGUUUGCUGACAAGGAGACGUAUGAAAGCAUCGAUGCUCUCGCAAGAAUUCAAGAUAAGACAGCUCACCAAUUGGCAAUUGAUAUCAUCCGCAAUUAUGUGGCCACCCAUCAAAACGGUAUUAUUCAGUGAACUACGAGAAAAGAAGUUACAAAAGACGUGAAUUCCCAAGUCACUGUUACUGGUCGGUAACAGCUGAUAUAAUUGGAAGGUGGCCACAGAAUCAUUUUGUAUCUAGGCUCUGUGAGUGUUUAUGUUUUUGGUUCUUCCGCAAACUUUUUUCGUUUGGAGAUUUCUUCGUUUUGGUAUGAAACUUUUGCUAAGUUAUUGGACCACUAAAGUUGUUUUUAUUUUUAUUUCAUAAAUUGGGCUUUGCAUAAGCUAGUUUCUUCAUCUGUAAAAUGUAAGACAGUUUUCAGAUGUAUCUUUCUGUGAUUUUUCCUUGAAUAUUCACGUAAACUUGUUUUGAUCGGAAAGCUUUCUUCGUCGGUUU